UGGCUUUGUAGUUGACUUCCUCUUUAUUAAGUAAUACAUUUUAUUUUUUAUUAUUAUUUUAACUAAUAUACUUUGCUUACCACCUGUUACUUGAUUUGUUUAUUUUUACACAAUGAAGCUCAGCAGAAGAGAGGUUCCUGUUUACGGCCAAGCAAAAGUUUUUGCUCUGAUCUCCUCCGUUAAAGAGGAACAGAUAUUUGUGGUUCUAGAAGGAUCCACUUUACUACAUGUUUUACAAACUAGACUUCACUCCAUGCUGUACUUCAUCGCCCCAGGUCAUAACCAAUCAGAGACGGUGUGUGUCCGAGCAUAUACAUAUACUAAUGGUGAGGUAACGUGUGUGGGCAUGACUUAUCUAACAUACGUUGAGGACGAUGCCCAGGAGUUGGCCGAAUACCUGGUAACCCAUAGCAACUGCUUCAGCACCACUGAACACAGAGAUUUAAUUGGUCAAUAUGGUUUGAAUGACAGCACUGCCCGGAUAAAGAUGGAUGAAAGAGUUACUCUCGCGCUAGCCAAUCUACACACCCCGCAUAACCUCCUCGGCCAAUCUUCACAAGAAUCUCUAUUGCAUGUGUGUGUACGGCUGGGUUUCGUGAACGUCUCCGAGUUUCUUCUCUGUCAGCCUGGUGCCCUGAUGGCUAUCUGUUCGACCAAUGAGGAUGGAGACACACCCCUACAGCUGGCCAAACAGUCCAAUCAGCACGCUCUAAUUAAACUUUUCCAGCAACCUCCAAAUCCACUAGCCACACCCCUGGCAGGUGUAUCUCAGGUGUGGGUGGGGAGAUCCCACCUCCUCAGGUUUAGCCACGCCUUUGGGAUGCUGUGUCUGUCUGUGUGUGUAUCGGAGGACACGGUCAAAACCCUACAGUCAUCCAUAUUGCUCUUUCGAGGGUGUUUAAGAGACUCUGCACUUCUAAACAAGAUCAAAGGACUGAAUGGGAAAACAGAGCGAAGACCUGAAAGAAACACAACGGUUUCAUUUACAGAAGGAGCAUCAUCAUACUCUCUGCCUCACAAUGUGUGGAUUAACAGUUUGUCUCUGGACGAAGAAGAGGAACUUUUAUCUUCUGAUGACUCAGAUGAACCCACAACUUGUUCCGAUUCAACAAGCAGUUCCCCCAUUGGCUCCAGCGUUACCAUAACAACCAGCAUUAACACCCUGCAGUCUGCAGAUGAUCAGAGUUCUUCAGAUUCAGAAACAGAUUCAGAGUCCGAUGCAUCUGAUCCAGACUCACCAACUCCUGACAGAUCACCAGCCUGCAGCCCAAAAGACGAGCCAUUCACCUCGAAUGAUGAAGAAACAUUCGAAGAAAAGGAACGAAUGCAGUGCAAUAAGUCAGAGGAGGAAGAAGAGGAGGAGGAGGAGAGAGGUAAAUGUAUCCCUCCGACCAAGAGUGAGACAGACAAAUAUAAAGUGAGACGAACCCUUAGCUUUCUCAGAAGCCGUAUGGUCAACACCAAAAUAAAACGCAAGGUCAGUGCUGUUGGUUCAGGUCUGCAUCAGCUUUGUUCACCACAGCAGUCUGUUAAUGCAGCAUGUGAAAUGUGUGAGCGAGAUGACAAUGACAAACUCCAGCAGUGCAUAUAUUGCUUCAUGAUUGUGCAUAAGACCUGCAGUGAUUCUUCCCCAUUGUGUUUAAAGAAUGCUGCAUCACUGAAAACCACGGACUUGUCAGUGCUACAGUACUCAUCCAGUCACAGUUCUCCAUCUCUGUUCCUGGCCAAUGACAACAUCAUGACACGCAGAAGGAAGCGGAGUAACAGUGAGGGGUGUGGCCAUGAUGUAACUUUACGGAAAAGUUUGUCUUUGAUUGAUUAUUCCUCUGGAAGAAGCGCCAUCCCCAAUUCUCACAUAUCAUUUGACUACACUGCUGAAUCUUGGAGUGCUGCGGUGGAUGUUGAAUUCAGUAUGACACUGGACAAAGAGGUGAUCAAGAGACAGGAAAUCAUCUAUGAACUGAUGCAGACCGAGUUUCACCACGUCCAGACUCUGUCUGUCAUGGCUGAUGUUUUAAGGCGGGGUUUAUCAGAGGAAGUGCAGCUGGAACAGGACGUGAUUGGUCAGAUAUUCCCCCGACUUGAUGAGCUCAUGGCUCAUCAUAGAAACUUUCUUCUUGCUAUGGAGACAAGACAGUGGGCUUCCGUUCAGCCAGGAAGACACAGGAAUUACAUUAUCCAACGCAUCGGAGACAUUCUGCUGCAGCAGUUCACAGCUCAACAUGGCUCUCAGAUGAUAGAGUUGUAUAGUGAUUUCUGCAGUCAGCAUCCAGAAGCACUAAAGAUUUAUAAACAACUGCUUCAGAGUAACAGGAAACUUCAGUUGUUCCUCAGACAGCAGAGUACAAACUCUGUCAUCAAACGACGUGAAAUCCCGGAAUUCCUAUUGCUGGUCACACAGAGGAUCACAAAGUACCCCGUUCUGCUGGAGAGAUUACUUCAACACACAGAGGAUGGCAGCGCUGACAGGUACGAUAUUGCAGUGGCACUAGAGGCCCUGCGUGGGGUGAUAGAUGAGGUGGAGCGGCGUGUCGGUGAGCACGAGCGUUCCAAAAAACUACAGGACAUCAUCAGUCGCCUAGACAGUAAGAGCUGCACUCGUAUGAAGAACGGAGAGCUCUUCACCAAACAAGACCUGCAGAAAAUGCAACACAGUCUCACGCAUUUAUCAUCACUUGCAUGCAGGACAACCUCUGGCAGACUGAAAGAUGUUAUUGGCCUGCUCCUCACCGAUGUUCUGGCUUUCCUUCAGGAGAAAGAACAGAAGUUUGUCUUUGCCGCAUUGGAGCAGAAACCCUCUGUGAUGCCGUUACAGAGGCUGAUAGUGCGAGAGAUAGCCAAUCAGGAGAGAGGAUUGUUUUUGAUCAGUAGUGAGUGCUCUGCAGGGCCAGAGAUGUACGAGAUACACACCCAAACCCGUGAGGAGCGAAACACCUGGAUGUCGCUGCUGAGACAGGCGGCUGAGAGCCUUCAUGAUGAUCAAAUCAAGAAGACUGAGAUCAAGGUCAAGAAAGUACAGAGAUUACAAGACGCUCUGUUCUCUCUGGAUCUGCAGCUGUGUUCUGUUAUUGAGGAGAAGUUGAGGAUCUGUAGAGGAACCAGUAGAUGGACUUUGGAUACCUGUCAUCUGCUUGUUCAGCCCCACCCAGAAAACAGCCCUCAGGGUAUCGCACUGCUGUCUGAUGCACAAAAAGAGGUGGUAAAGCUGGCCAUUACUUUAUUGUCUUGGCUUUUCCCCUUCAUCUGGUCAUCAAGUAACCAUGACAGCUAUGGCCAGGACAAAGUGAUCAGAAACAACCCAAGUAUCCCUAUUAAGGCCAGCAGAUGUGCUCUGGUAGGAGCAGGGGUGGGACCUCUUGCAAUAUCUACAAUAAGCCCCGCCCACCAGACUUAUGUAAAGGUAGCAGAGAGUGUUCAAAGCUUAAUCCACAUACUGUAUAGUCUGCAGGCUGCUAUAAUAAUUCAAGACAGCUGCUUUGAAGUUCAAAAACUUCUCCUUUUGGAGGGAGAAGCUCUACCUACAAGUCCCAUUAGUGAUCAUGAGGUUAAAAAGAGUUUGGAUGCAGGUGGUGCAGUCAUUGAAACCCUGGGCGUGCGACAGAAAGAACUGGAGCGGCGAGAGAGAGAGCACACUGAACUCACGGACAGACUAUUGAAAGAGCAAGAGCGAUUCGAGGAGGAGUCUAAGGAGUUUGAGGAGAUGCUCAAGCAACUGAGAAAGGAGGAGAAGAUGGUGGAGGAGGAGAGGAGAAGAUUAGGGGAAGAGGGGAAGAGACUGACGAAAGACAGAAAGCGUCUGGAGACGCAGCUGAGACUCAUUCAACACGACUCAAAUAGUCGGCAGAGAAAUCGGAAGUUUGUUACGUCCCCGGAGAAAUGAUGUGUGAUUAUGGGUCUGCAGUAAUGUUGUUUAUUAUAUGUUUUCUUGUAUUAAGACAAAACCCAGAUCAACAACAUAAUAUUCGUUAAGACCUAGACCCUUAAAGGGUUAGUCCAUUUUCUUAAAAGAAAAAUCCAGAUAAUUUACUCAACACCAUGUCAUCCAAAAUGUUGAUGUCUUUCU